AUGGAGAUGCCCGAGCAGCGGGACUCAAAGAUCAACACAUACGCUAUCUUGAUCUGGAUUUUGUUUGGCACCAUCGGGUUCGUCUUGUCGACUUACGCCUUCGUCCUCCUCUACCGUAAGAAAGCGCUGUCCCUUGGCUCCAAGCUAUUUCUACUCUCUUCUUGCUAUAUUCGGGCAACUCAAUCCUUGUUCUGCUUCUUCAAGGCACACUGCGUGAUGACGAUGUGGUGCAUAAGCUUGCGGCGCGCUCCAUUUAGCGGCUUUCUCUUCAACAACUUUAUCUCGAACUACCAUCAAGGCGUCGCUGAUACAUUGCGGUGGUUGACGGCCGGGCUUGCUCUCAAUAGAUUUUUCGCCGUCUACUUCGACGGCUACUUCUACAAGACGGUCGAGAAAACGGCACUAUUUCAAAUUACCUUGUCCUUCUUUAUACCUGUUGCGAUGCGCCCUGCCCAACUGGCCCUGGCGAUCCUAUACGUGUGGAACCCGGUUUUCUGGGAGAUCAUCGACAUCCAGGAAAUCGUCAUCUCGUACCUGUAUUGGGUGACGUUUGUCGUUGAUUUGAUGACGUUUUGGAAGAUUAGGAAGAUGGAUCUGCAGUUGCGCAGGCGUUGCGGUUUGCAGGGAACAAAAGCAGUAGCGCUGAUCGAGCAAAGCGAUGAAAAAGAACAAGCCUCGCCCGGCAAGAAAGGUGGCGACUUGAGGUUGUUGAAACUGAUGCUCGCGGAGUGGCUUCUUAACCUGUGGAAAUUAGCUCUUCCCGUUCUUGUUCACGUAAUACAUGAUUGGAACUACAUCUCGGUGGCCAGAGUACUGGUCAACGACGUUCCUACCUAUCUUGAGUACAUUGUGCACAUG